AUCAUAAAGGGGUGGCAGAAUCAUUCUGAGAAUGGCACUAUUGCAAGACGAAGCUAUAAAGGAUGAGUUUGAUAUAUUUGGUAUUGAAUUGACACAUGAAAUUAUAGACAAACUAAAGGAAUUAUGUGUUACCUACAGUUUGGAUGCUGAAAGAGUAGCAGCUGAGUGGAUUGCAUUUUCAAAUGUCAGGAAAAAUCUCACAAUCUCUUUGGAAAACUUGGAUGUAUUUGAUAGAGAGAAACUAGCAAAGAAAAUGCAGAGAACUCCCCAGACUCCUUUGACUAAGAAGACGCAGCAGAGAGUGUACAAUAUUGACAAUGUAUCAGAGGGGGUAAACAUCCAUGAUGCUGAAAAUUUGUACAAUACGUAUGGAGGUACACCAUCAUCAAAGGGGACAGCAGCUCAGAAAAGACAACUCACACCUGAAAAUCCUACAAUUAAGAGAUUUCAGAGCAACAUGCGUAGUCCAGUCGUGCCUUUUUCUCCUGCCAGUUUUUCACCAGUAGGGGCAACACCUUCCAAAAAGUAUAGAUUAAGAACAAAUGCUGGUGAUGUGGUAGCCUCAUUCGGAAAUUUGGAUAACAUAAAGUGGCAAAGCAGAGGCCAGAAUUGCACCAUCAAAUGGUAUGAUCCAUUGAACAACUUAUUGAAAGAGGAGAAAGAAAGUCUAAAGGAUCUUAGUAAAAACUUCAAGUAUAUGUUCCAGAAACUAACAGCCAAAGCCUCAGUUUUAAAUGAAAUGAUAGAUGAUAUGGCACAACAACUACAAGAGAAAAACAACAUUGAGGAAUUUUCCCAUGUUUCUCUACCAGUUCAGGAAGAAGUGACUUUAGUUGGGAGAAUUUGCUGUGAUAGCCUAGGUAAGCUGAAUGCCAAGUCUGUGAUUCUGGAAGGUUCAAGAGACACUUCUGCUGGCUGCUUCAUUCAUCUGGACCUAAGUGACCUUAAACAGUACUCCUUGUUUCCAGGGCAGGUAGUGGCUUUGGAUGGAAUAAAUACUUCUGGACAGAAAUUUGUUGUGAAAAAAUUAUAUGAGGGUGUUGUGCAGCCCUUACCAGCUUGCUCAGAUGAGAAGGAUCAAAUAGAUUGCUCAGAAAUGACUGUGUUAAUUGCUGCUGGACCUUUCUCCACUUCGGACAACUUGGCAUUUGAGCCACUGGCAGAUCUAGUAAAAUUGAUGUGGAGAGAUACACCAGAUGUUGUCAUAUUGAUGGGUCCUUUUGUUGAUGUUAAAAAUGAUCUGAUAGAGAGUGGGACAUGCACCAAUUCUUUUGAGGAGAUCUUUAAGGCAAAACUGGCCGAAAUUAGCAGUGAGGCAUCAAGUGCUGGAUGCCAGGUGAUUGUCCUGCCCUCCUAUCGUGAUGUCCACCAUGACUAUGUGUAUCCCCAGCCCCCCUUCUUCCAUCACAAUUCUCGCUCAGAGACAUUAAAAGAAUUUCCGAAUCUGCACUUUAUGCCAGACCCCUGUGUAGUGGACAUUAAUAAUGUGUUAUUUGGAAUUACUUCAUCUGACAUCAUGUUUCAACUUGGAGCAGAAGAAAUAUCUUUUAACCCCCCUGGUGCUUCAGAUAGAAUGGCCAGACUUGCAGAACACCUGUUAACACAGCAAAGUUUUUAUCCUCUGUAUCCUUCCCCAGAGGACAUCAACGUAGACUAUGAAGUGUUUGAUCAUUAUGCCCACAUGCCCACAACUCCACAUGUGCUGAUUUUGCCGUCAGAUUUAAAGCAAUUUAUAAAGGAGAUACAAGGGUGUUGCUGCAUUAAUCCAGGGCGCCUGUCCCGAGGACAAGCUGGUGGGACAUUCAGCAGACUACAUAUCCAAGCUGGCGUCAUCAUAUCUCAGCAGUCUAUACUCCCUUCCAUCACAGCUCAAGUGUUAAAGAUUUAAAAUGAAACAUUGUGUUAAUUUGUACAAUUUGUGUAUAGCUAUGCCGAGUUAGUUCAAGGGGGCUUUUCAAGUUUGUCCAUUAAUCAUGUAUCAUUUUUAAGUGUUAAGCUCACCCUAGCUGAAAGCUCAAGUGAGCUUUUCCGGUCACAUUUUGUUUGGUAUCUGUCUGUCCAUCAGUCUCUUUUUCUGUUCCUCUGUAGAGUUUUCACAUGUUCAACUUCAUCUCCAGAACAUAUUUCAACCAAACAUGCCUUUGGUGAAGGGAAUUCAAGAGUAUUCAAAUGAAGGAGCAUGUUCUCUUGGAAGGAGAGAUUAUCAAGAAAAGGCAAAAAUAUGUGAGGGUCUCAAAAAACCUCUUUAAGGUCCACUAAACCAGAAAAGAUGAAGCUUAAAUGAAAGGUUCCUUACGGUGUGUAUAUUUAAAAGAAGAUGGGCAAACAAGGCAAGCAAAAUGCCUACUGUACAAUAAAUAAAGUGAAAAAAUUAAAUCUCAAUUAUGCAAAAUUUUCUUUGAUAUUUCGUUUAACAUCAACGUAUACGUCAUCUUAAACACGCACAAGUUGCAACAAUCUCAUAAAGAUUGAUAUAAUUCAUCUGUGAAAUAGCAUACAUUCACCAAAGAGGGGGCAAAAAUUACCAGUUUUUCAUAAAACACAAUUUUUCCAUAUGAGUGGGUUUUCACUCUAUUUUUAAGUCACCUGAGUCACUCAGGAAACCUAUUGCUAUCUGUUUUUGUCUGUCAUAAAUUUUGAACAUUUUCAGCUUUUCUUCAAUCACUGAACCAAUUUCAAUACAUUUUGGCAAAUAGUAUCUAUGGGUAAGGGUUACAGAAAUAAUGAAUGUCAUGGUCCCUGGGGAUUGGGCUAAAACCAUCAAAAUGAGUGCUAUCUUUAAAUUUCUUCUUUUCUCCUGGACAUCAAGCAGUCAAAAUGUUGACAUGACUGUAAAAAGCAUUAAGCUCAGGGGUUAUGGAGUUAGGAUGAGGCUGUAAUGAUCAUAUGGUGAAGAUACAUUAAUUCUUUUUAAUUUGUCCUAAUUUACAAUAAUUACAGUAAAUUAUAGUGACAUGAGGGGAUUAUAGUUUGCUUAUGUAUGCACUAGUGAUUUGUGUUUUGCAUUAUAAACUAUGACGGUUGUCAGUUUUUGAUCCCAAUUAAGAGCCAUUUUAGAUUGUUUUAGUAAUAAAUCAUCAACUGAUCUAGAGAA